AUGAAUAGUCGAACUGAAUGUUCGCCGAGAAUCAUAAAAAGGAUAAAUAACAAAGAAAAAACAGAUGAAGCAUUAAAAUAUGGAUUUUACCGACAAAUUAACCAUCUAUCUAUUAUAAGGCUAGAUAAUGAAACAGAUAAAAUGAAUUAUUCUUCUUGGUUAACUCGAUUAGAUAAUGAAUUAAACCUAACUGAUUUAAAGAUGCAUCUUAUAAAAAUCUUAUUUGUGUCAUUGAGAAGUGAUAGAUCUUUUCAAAUGUUUUUAAAACCUCCACCUGAUGAUCUUAAAGAUUUAGAGUUGAGGUCUGAUUACACGAUGGAUAUGAUUAAAUACUUACAAGGCAAUAAUAUAGCUGAUGAAUCAUUAACUAACGAGGAGAAAAAACAAGAGAUUAAACACAAACGUUCUGCAGCUGUAGCUACAAAUAUGCGUUCUUAUUCAACAAUUAAAACCUCACCAUACUUCGUACAAUCGUUCUAUGUAAGGUCAGAUUGGCCAAUUUAUACAUGGUAUAAUCCAACGUCUAUUCAAUUGCCAAGUAGCUUUGAUCAUAACCAAUGGGAGAUAUUCCUAAACCGUUUUAACAUUGUCACCGAGUAUGUUAUAUAUGUAUUCCCUGGUAAUAAGAUAUUAAACCCAAAAAUGUAUUCUGCUGCACUAAUUCUGGAGCCAAAAUUUAUUUAUAAAAUGACGGGUGUAACAUUAGUUGAUUAUUCCAAUCUUAAUUUUAAAAAAGACGAUACGCUACCAUUUACUUGCAAAUUAAAACAAAGAAAGCKRGUCUCAAAAAACAGCUGUAAAGUUAAAGAAUGUGUAACACCGUGUAAAAAACCAAUGAUGACUAUUAAAUGCAGUAAAUCACAGUUGCCAAGUUCAACAAUAGUAUUACAAAAUACGAAAUCAAUAAUUAGUCAGACUAAAACCUCUAUAACUAAUAUUUUAACAUCGGAUAAAAACACAAAUACAUUUAACACUGAAAACGAUUCCAAAUUUAGUAAUCUGAACAUGACAUAUCAGGAAUGUAAGUCGAACUCAAAAUGUCUGAAAAGAAGUGUAAAGAAAACUAAGUCAGUUGAAAGCUGCAAAUUUCCUAAGGAAGCCGACUUGAACAUUAACGAUAAUAACGAAUCUAAAGAACGGAAAAAUUUUUCAACGGUAUUAAACGCAGGCAGAUCAUCUUUCAACGACAGUUCGAAUUGCGAUUGGACCAUGUCCACUGUAGAGAUAUCACYGAGAGAACCCAAUCAGGCCUGCAACAGCACACCACCGGUCGCAAAGGUGACAAACUGUAACGCCAACUGCAAGUUAAUCUCGUUGGAUCAAGUUGCGAGUGUCGAACAGGAAUAUCAAGGUGCACGACAAAUCAGUGAUGUGCAGCAGAUGGUGGCCAUGCCCACGUUCCAGAGCACGAGAACCACAGAAAGUGGACCAGAACCCCCGCAAGAACAUAGGCGSUCUCUUGGCAAUCGCGACGAUAAGAACUCGGAAUGGACAGGGAACGGCGGAUGUGCGGACACAGUCUUCAGCAGUGAUCAGCGUCAAACGUCUUCGGGGAAGAGAAUGAGCGCCACCGAGCCAAACGAUAGGUAUGGUGCAAGUGCACGAAGUUUGACAUCCGAUGACGGACGGUUUGUAGAACAGUCCUGCGCUACCAAAGACCAAAACCACUCGUGUCCAGCAGCAUUUAUGGAACAUCAGCCGUUGACGCCAAAGCGGCCAGACACUUUGGGAAUGUCGAGUUCAGAUAAGAGAACCAGCCAGUUGCAACAACAGCAACAACAGCACCAGUCUGCGAGGACCAACAGAGAUAACAGAUCCAAUACAGCCACAGUCGUCGCCACCGCCUGGGAUCCCGACGUGGGUAGCUAUACAGCGUUUUCGGAUAGGCACAUGGCAGAGGACCGGUCACGAUUUCUGACGUCCGAGAGAACGAUCGAUGACCACCCCGUGGCAGUUUUGCACUCGCGGUCAUCUUCGCCGUUGUCACAGCUGCUACCAGCCAACGAUUUUCACGCUGCAGCAGCCGCAGCCGCCGCCAACAACGAAAACGAUUUGUCGGACGACAGCUUCGGCGCGGCAAGCGAUUGGUCCGCUGAACAGAGGAUCAAUCGAUGUCAAUCAUGCACCACUAACCGAUUCCGCAACGACAACAAUUAUAACAGCGCGGAAUCGCUGUCUACGUUAACUUCGUCGGACAGUUCAAUCGAAAUGCGGCUCGCGGCACGUAGUCAGCCUYUAGGCCGCAAUGUGAAUUACGCGCGUCGAACGGACAACCUGUCGAUAAGCAAUAACGAUCGAUACCCGUUCGACGACAGCGUGUCGGCUAACAUCAGUGACGACGUUAGCCUGCCGGACCGCGACCAAGCGGUCGACGACAUCUGGCCGCCCGCUUACGAUCUUGUCGAGAAUGUGAGCAUGCCGGGCUCUUUGGUCAUCGGGCCUUGGUCGUUGUCGAUGAGCGAUUCGAGAAGCGACCAAGUUCAAGAAUUCGGUGACGCUAGUGGCCCAGAUCCAUACGACACAUCCUGUUUGGAGGGCGGGAACGCAUCUGGCCUGGAUGACUAUGACGAUCGACCGAUUUCACACAACAGUUUUAGUGGAUCUGAAACGGACGAUAACGGUGCGGUCGCGGCUCCACAGCGCCAUAGAAAUUAUUGA